AGAGAGGAAGAAAGUGGGCGAGCGAGAGAGAGGGAGUGAGAGAGUGCUCGGGUAGCGCAAAGUCAAGUGGCUGUGUCCCCCACAUGUUUUGUUUUCGUUAAUAAAAAUAACCACAAAAAGCCAUCCGACGCCUCUCGGUGUUUUUGUGUACGCCGCUGCCGCCUUCCUGAGGGAGAAAUUGGACGAACCGACAACAACGAGCCACUCCUUACUACAGCGAGGAGUUGAAAACACCGCCAAUUACCAAGAAGGGCAGAACUGGUAACAAACAACUGCAGCUCAACAUUCCGAACUUGUGCGCUGAGCCUAUCGCCGUCUUCUCUAAAACAAUGGCUGAACGUCUGGAGGACCAUCUUCAAUGUCCCACCUGUCUGGACAUCUUCAAAGAUCCGGUCAUUCUUCCGUGCAGUCACAGCCUCUGCCGUGCCUGUCUGCAGCAGUGGAAGGACAAAGGACAACGAUCGUGUCCAGUCUGUCGGAAAGGGUUUAGUUUGAGGGAUCCGCCUGCCAACUUGGCACUGCGGAAUAUUUGUGAGAACCUUUUAGUCAAGUCAGCAGACAUGUGCAGCUUGCACAAAGAGGAACUCAAACUCUUUUGUUUGGACCACCGGGAGCUUGUGUGCCAUAUCUGCACAAAUGCAGAAAUCCACGUUGGCCACAAGAUCUGGCCCUUCGAAGAAGUUGUGAAAGGUCAUCAUGAGGAACUCCAGAAAGGCCUGCAGAGGGCCAAGGAAAGACUCAAAGAUUACAACGACUGUCGAGAGAACUGCAACGAACAGGCAGAGUACAUCAAAUUCCAGAGGGAGAAUGUAGAAUGCAAGAUUAAGAAGGAUUUUGAGGAGCUCCGUCGCUUUCUUAACGUCAAGGAGAAGGCCAGGUUGGUUGCGGUCAGGAAGGAAGAGAAGGACAAGAGUCGGACGAUGAAAAAGAAGAUUGCGGCUCUCGACAGACAAAUGGCCGCUCUCUCGAAUCUCAUCAGAAGCACUGAGGAGCAGCUGGCAUCUGGCAAUGUUUCUUUCAUGAAGAAGUUCAAGACUGCGAUGAGCAGAAUCCAGGAGCUGCCUGAAAAGCCACAGCUGCUGCCAGGUGGUCUGCUGGACGAAGCCAAACACGUGGGCAACCUCAAAUUCAAGGUGUGGGAGCGAAUGAAGGAGACGAUGGCCUAUCGUUCCGUCAUUCUGGACCGCAACACGGCCGGUCCAGAACUCAGUCUGUCCGAAGAUCUGUGCAGUGUUAUUUGGGAAGACGUACAGCAACAGCGUCCAAAGAAUCCAGAGAGGUUCCAGACGUGGCGGUCUGUGCUGGGUGCUGCUUUGGCCUCGGGAAGACAUGUGUGGGACGUUGAGGUGGGAGACAAUAAUUCUUGGGCAGUGGGGGUCGUGUUUGGGGACCCUUGUUUUCCAGAGAAAAUGACCGGUUGGACCAUUGAAUUUUGUGAUGGUAAAUACAAAAAGCCCAAUGUCCAUUUUGGACAAUGGAAUCCGCCUGUCAAAGUGCAGUGGAUUCGCGUUGAAGUGGACAUGAAUGUAAGGUCAAUGUCCUUCUCUGUGCCGCUUACGAACGUGGAAUUAUGGAACACUAAGAAGCUUCCCGAUUGGCCAUGUAACACCAAAAUAUAUCCUUACUUUGAAACAGAACAUGAAAGUCCUCUCAAGAUCAUCCCCAUUCCACCUUGUGUUACGACUGCCAUCCGUUAGCCGUCAUGUUGACAUGGCUUGAUUUUCUACGAUUUAAUGUAAUCUAAAUAAAUCUUUUUCCGCAUGAUUUUGACUCUUGUUUAUUGGUCAGAUCAUUUGAUAAGACGUGACUGGAACAAGACAAGUCAAAAUAAAUAAGCAGUUACUCAAUAUUUGGGUAUUCUUUUCUCCCAAUGCUUUUUAAGUUAUGUGAAUGUUACUCCUAGUUUAAUGGGAGAUAACAUUAGGAAGUAAUGCUACUCUUACUUCAGUACAGUACUUUGGGUUACUUUCUUGUUAACGUUUAUUUACUUGUACUACUUUAAUACUUGUACUACAUUUUUAUUUUAUUUUAUAAGGACUUCGAGUGACUUUAUUUGAAAGUAAUGCUACGCUUACAUGUUGUAUGUUUGGCAUCUCAAUACAGUUUCAAAAAUAUAUAAGACACAAGUAACUAAGUACUAGUAAGUGGUAUUCUUUUCAACAAAUAAUUUGGAUUGAUGACUUUGACGCUACUCUUACUCGAGUACCAUUUUGGGCUCCUCUAUUGAUGACAUUAUUUCCAAAAUAAAUGAUUGCUUGGUAUUUGAGUAUUUUUUUUCACUCAGUACUUUUUGACUUGUGUGCAUACUACUUUAAUGUGAGUAAUAAUUGGAAGUAACACUACUCUUACUUAAGUACAUCUUCUGGCUUCUCUCUUGAUGACAUUGAUUUGGAGUACAGUACUUGAGUAUUCUUUUCAACAAAUACUUUUUUUUU